UGUUGCCGGGAAAUCAGCUGGAAUCCACGGAAAUAAUCAUAAAGACUGUUUUGCUUACUUUGGGCUGCUAUAUUCUGCUGUCAUUCUCUCAUUUUCAUUGCCUCUGGUCCGCAAAACAACCGUGGACAUGUCAGAGUCGUACGAUUUCCUCUUUAAAUUUCUGGUGAUUGGCAAUGCUGGCACUGGCAAGUCCUGUUUAUUGCACCAAUUCAUAGAGAAAAGAUUUAAGGAUGAGUCUAAUCAUACGAUUGGGGUAGAAUUUGGCUCGAAGAUCAUCAGUGUGGUCAAUAAAAUGGUCAAAUUGCAGAUAUGGGACACUGCAGGUCAAGAGAGAUUUAGGUCAGUUACCAGGAGUUACUACAGAGGAGCAGCAGGAGCCUUGUUGGUUUAUGAUAUAACCAGUCGAGAAACGUACAACGCUCUGACUACAUGGUUAAGUGAUGCCAGGAUGCUGGCCAGUCAGAACAUUGUCAUUAUACUCUGUGGAAAUAAGAAGGAUUUGGAUGCUGAUAGAGAGGUCACAUUUUUGGAGGCAUCUCGUUUUGCUCAGGAAAAUGAGCUAAUGUUCCUGGAAACUAGUGCCCUGACGGGGGAGAAUGUUGAAGAGGCCUUUGUCCAAUGCGCUCGGAAAAUACUGAACAAGAUUGAAUCAGGGGAGCUGGAUCCAGAGAGGAUGGGCUCAGGUAUUCAGUAUGGUGAUGCUGCAUUACGACAACUGCGGUCACCACGGCGAGCUCAACCUGCAGGCACUCAAGAAUGCGGCUGCUAGAGAACAUGCAGUAAUUACCCCACACAGAUGAGUGUCUUGCAAACAGCUCUGUGAAGACCAGAGGAAGAACAAGCCCAUGGCGCCCGAUGACUCCUGGGUUGCGCUCUGCUAGUGACUGCUUAUUGACCUUUGAACUUCACCCUUCGCAUGGAUCCUUCAAAACCCUCUACGCAUUUGCGUAUCAAAGAGAACUUCAAACCCCAUCAAGAACGGAAAGUCUUUCAGGUAACAAAGGACUAACAUUUCACAAUCAAGAAACCUGCAAUAUAAAUAGACCACCAGUCCUCAGUCUCAUGUCUGGAACUACGUAUUUACAUGUAAAUGUAUGGUAACAAAGCAUCUAUGUAUCUUUUAAUAACAGUAUCGAUAGUUACAUCCUAUAUACAUACUUUUUUUUUAUGAUGGCAUUUUACUGUACAGAGAUGAUGAACAGUUCAACAGGCUUCCUUUUAUUAGUUGUACACAUCCACUUCAACAGUUUUUCACAGACUCAUCUCUGUCCAGACAUUAAAAGGCUUUGACAGUCUUUUGUACACUUUGUAACUGCUGCCAUUAGACAAUUCCAUUAAAGCGUUCGUAUUUUUUACAAAGCCAUUCAUCCCCUCCCACUGCAUUGUACUAUGUCCUUUAAUUCUGUAUUUCUGUAUAAACAAAUAGAAAUGGAAGCAUGAAUAUCUUAAUAGUAUUUCAUGAUUUUUAAUUAUGUUAAAUAUCUAUAUAUAAAACAAUCAGUCAUAUCCUACAUCUUUGUCUUGGACCAGUAUGUUACAUUAAAGAGUAUUGCAUUAAUUGUGAUACAAUUUAUAUAGGUUAUUUUGCUAAAUGAAAUACAAAUUAUUCAAACAUAUUUCUUUAAAAUAAGGAGGCGGUCGUGUCGGUUUCGUAUGUGAUUGUAUAAAAUAUUUGGGUCAUAUUAAGAGCAGUGAAAAUAUUUCAGAAUUUGUGUAAAAGAUGUGCAAUAACAAAGGCACAUUCUAUUUGGCUGUUAAACACUCCUUUAAUCCAAAAUGACUGAAUGGUCCAAGUAUGUACUGUAUGUACCCAGUAUGUCUUGGCUUGUAAAGUAAUCUAUUGACUGAGUGACAGCUGCUGCUUUGGGGUAGAACUAACAACCUUGAUGCAUU